UUCAAAAAUAUGUGUAUAAUCAGUAUGAAUAGUAGCGGAUGUUGUGGAACACCACAUUAGAAAACUAUUAUUAUUUUAAAAUACUGGGAAAGUACAACAUGAAACCUUUCCUUUUUUUUUUACACAAAAGAUAUUAAAACUCAGUAAUCCCUACAUAAGGUAGGCUAAUCAUUUCAAGAUGGCAGCCACCAUGAAGAAAGCUGCUGAAGAUGUAAAUGUCACUUUUGAAGAUCAGCGGAAGAUUAACACAUUUGCAAGAAAUACAAGUAGAAUUACAGAAUUAAAAGAAGAAAUAGAAAUCAAGAAGAAACAACUGCAGAAUCUGGAGGAUGCCAGUGAUGACAUCAUGUUGAUGGAAGAUGACUGCAUGAGAGUGCCUUAUAAGAUUGGUGAUGUCUUUAUCAGUCAUUCCCAAGACGAGACCCAAGAGAUGCUGGAAGCUGCAAAGGAAACUUUACAGGCAGAGAUUAAAACCCUAGAACUGCGAGUGGAAACCAUCCAGAAAAUUUUGUCAGAUCUCAAAGUACAGCUGUAUGCCAAAUUUGGAAGCAACAUCAAUCUUGAAGCAGAUGACAGCUGAGUCCUAGCCCUGCAGCAGCUACUGCCAUUUUAUUUUUCAGGCAGUCAUUAUGUCAGUUGGCAACAGAUGCUACCUAGAUCUUAUUUUUUUAUUAUCGGGCACACUUUGUGUUUGUUAAGCAAAGUUUAUUAUUUUGUACUUGCCUGUUUGCUAUUUAUUUGACAGCAUAGUAAUAAUAUUGUAAGUCAAAACUGUGAUUCAGUCAUUCAGAGAUUGAUCGGACUAAAUUUAAGUAAAACCAACUAAAGAUGGUGA